AUGGGUAUUCCAGGGCUCAUUAACGCCAUAGGGGCAGGAGAACGGGUCUCCCUGGCCAAAGUGUCCGGGUUGCACCUGGAAAGAACUGCGAGGCCCAUCCGAGUCGCCGUGGAUAUCUCCAUUUGGCUUUUCCAGGUCCAAGCAUCGCGCGGAGGCAAGAAUCCGGAACUACGCACCCUUUACUUUCGACUGCUGAAGCUUCUUGCUUUACCUAUUCACCCGCUUUUCGUCUACGAUGGCCGUCAUAAACCCCCGUUCAAACGAGGCAAAGCAGUAUCACGCAGCUCCGGCAAUUUACCGAUCAUACAACGUUCGAAGGAUCUCAUUGAGCGAUUUCGGUUUCCGUGGCAUGAAGCGCCGGGUGAGGCAGAAGCUGAGUGCGCAAGAUUACAACAGGUUGGCAUCGUCGAUGCUGUUAUAAGCAACGACGUUGAUGCUCUGAUGUUCGGAUCAACGUUCACAAUGAUGAAUUUCUCGAACGAGAGUGGUAGCGGGAGCUCUGGUGCAUCACACGUCACUUGCUACCAUUUGAACAACCAGGGAUUUGUUUCAAAUAUUUCCCUGGGCAGGGCUGGGAUGAUUCUCUUCGCUAUGCUGAGCGGAGGCGACUACCUCCCGUCGGGAGUCGAGAAGUGCGGUCCUGGAACUGCUGCAGAAAUUGCCAAGGCUAAAUUUGGCGAGGAUCUUCUUGAAAUGGUCACCUCACAUCCGCCAGACCUUGACUCACAACUAUGUGAGUGGCGAGAACGCCUGCAAUACGAAUUGGAUUCGAAUGAAAGUGGCUAUUUUGCCAACAAACACCCAGCAGUUCGAAUCCCAGAGAAUUUUCCCGAUCCAACGAUUCUCGAGUACUAUGCCGAGCCAAAAGUUUCUACCGAUGAGGAAAUGACUAUUCUCAGGCAUCGGUUGAAGCAAGCCUGGGAUCACGAAAUUGAUCCACUGGCGAUUAGAAGUUUCGCUGCCGAGAACUUGGACUGGAAAUAUCGCUCUGGUGCUCGGAAAGUGAUCAAAAAUUUAGCCGAGCCCUUAGUUUCCUACAGGCUUCGCCGUCAAAGACCAGUAUCAGCCAUACCCGGUGGCUCGCUUGCGCCCGAAUGCGACUCACAAUGGCUCCAAAAGGUCUACAAAAGCCGCGUGAGCUUCGGCACAGAUGGCAUGACCGAGCUUCAAAUUGAUAUGCUCCCGAUUGAUGUCGUUGGUCUCGAUCUCAUGGCUGAAGAACCAAAUCCGCCACUUCCCCAUCAGGAGACAGAGCUUGCACAAGACACGGCCCAAUUUGGGGGUGAAGAAGACGAUGCAGAGCUUGCUGUCGAUGAACCUCAGCCAGCGAUACCUUCGAAGACUCGAGUGACGAAACGCUAUGAUAUUUAUGCGGUUCAAAAAAUCUGGGUCCUGGAGUCCGUCGCCAAGCUUGGCCUUCCCGCUGUUGUCAAAAGGUGGGAGGAUGAACAAGCUGAGAAAGCCAAAAAGGAUGCUGCGCCCAGAAAGCCGAGUACUAGACGAACGGGGCCCAAGAAGAAGGGGAUUAUCGAUCCGGGAAUGAAGCGCGGGAGCAUUUUGAAAUACGGAACCCUUACAAAGGAAAAGUCCGAGCUCUCUUCUUCGAACAAGUCGUACUUGCUGGAAAGUGCAUCUACGAAACGACAACCGGCCUUGCUUCGGACUUUGUCAUCUUCAUCCCAAAUAAUAGAUGUCGAGGAUAGUUCUUUCACGCCGAGUAUGUACUCCCAGCAACAAACCUCAGAUCAUAUGCGUCGUUCUUCACGCGAGGUUGACGAGUUAAUUGAGACGUUCUCCUCGCUGACGACCACUAGACCACCAUCAUCAAGAGUGAAGCGCCAUCCAACGGCUGGUCCAGUAUGUACGCGAUCCCGAACUCAAACUGUGGCAGGUGGUGUGUAUGAGCUCGACGAGUCACUCCCAUCGGCUGUCGAGUCUGUUAGUGUACGAGAUACCGCCCUUGCGCCAGCAAACCAACCAAGCUACCCAACCUCAUCGAGAGGUUCAGCAACUGAAGCUGGAGCUGCCAGAAAGGAUCUUGGGGCUUCCUCACGGAAGUCCAGGCAAAAGAUCUUAAGUACUCCCCACGAACCCGACAUAUCUACCAACCCUCUGAUUGAUGCCUUCAAUCUCGAGCAUUUGGAGGAAUCUAUUGGUUCACUAUCAAUAUCCGGAGAGCAUGAUGAUCAAAAAUCUAACCCCCAAACCCGCUCAGUGUGCAAACCUCUGGGAUCAAAGAUGGGGGAUGGCACUUCCCCGCGCCCUUCACGAGCCAGACCUGUGAAAAUUUCUCAGCAAUUGGAACGGGCUGUGUCGCAGAAGGUCUCACCAAUAUCCCAACCGGAAAUCGGAGCCAAGUUGCAAAAGGAACACGAUGGGCAUAUCUUUCAUGAAGAGAUCAUCUCCUCUCCCAAGAAGUCUCACGCCACCUCAAGAGACCGUUCGAAGACUUCUACGAAAACGAAGGAGCAGAUCCCCAUCAGAACGCGAACAAAAGGUCACAUCGAAAACAUCACAGUGAUUAAUGGCUUUUGGACGGUCGAUACGCCCUCUGAGAUAGGCACGGAUUUGGUCAACUCAGAUGCUGGUCGGACCAGCACUAGGAGCGGGGGACAAGCUGCGAAGAAUGCUCGGAGGAAGCGUGUGGCUAGAGUGAGCAUUGUGGACAUUAUUUGA